AUGUUAUUUGAGAGCUUUUCUAGUCUCAAGGGUCUCAGCCCUUCGCAGUAUAUCUUCGGUAUCCAAGCGAUCCCGCUCGUGGCCAGUGGGGUUUUCACCUUAUUCUGGCCGUCUGCCGCUGCAGCUCUCCCAAACUCCCCACUCAAGGAUAUCGGAGAUGGCACGAUACAAGCAAUCAGGUUGAGACUUACACCUUGGCCAUGUAGCCUUACAUCUCUAUCGCUGGGAUCGUUCUACACGAUCGCCUCAUACCAAAACAACAUCCCAAUGAUGAUCGCUUCUGUUCCUGGUAGACUCCUGGCUGCUUUUGUGUUUUAUCGAGCUGGUGGGGGUUGGCGCGACGUUGCUCCUUUCGAGGGUGUUAUGGGCCUUCUUACGGCCGUGGGUAUUUAUUUAUAUUGGGCCGCAGAUCGGUCCGAGUCAGCAAGGGAGGUUAAGGAAGAAUGA